AGAGGGGAGAGAUUCAGUCCCAGUGACUACAGAGGAGACAGUGCUGUCCGCUGCCAAGAUGAAGCUGCUGUUCUUGCUGUGUCUGGGGCUGACUCUAGCCUCUUCCCACAAGGAAGCAGGCCAAGAUGUUGUGACAAGCAACUUCGAUGCUUCAAAGAUUGCCGGCGAGUGGUAUUCCAUUCUUUUGGCCUCAGACGCCAAGGAAAAUAUAGAAGAAAAUGGUAGCAUGAGAGUUUUUGUGGAGCAUAUCCGUGUCUUGGACAACUCUUCCCUAGCCUUUAAAUUUCAGAGAAAGGUAAACGGAGAGUGUACUGACUUUUAUGCGGUUUGUGACAAAGUAGGAGAUGGUGUGUAUACAGUUGCCUACUAUGGAGAGAACAAAUUUCGCCUACUUGAAGUGAACUAUUCUGACUAUGUCAUUUUACACCUUGUGAAUGUCAAUGGCGACAAAACAUUCCAGCUGAUGGAGUUCUAUGGCCGAAAACCAGAUGUGGAGCCAAAACUCAAGGACAAGUUUGUGGAGAUUUGCCAACAAUAUGGCAUCAUCAAGGAAAACAUAAUCGAUCUGACCAAAAUUGAUCGCUGCUUCCAACUCCGAGGGAGUGGAGGAGUCCAGGAGUCCAGUGCUGAGUGAAGGCCUCCUCAUGUGGGCUCCAGGAUCUUCUCCUCCUUGGUCCCCCCAUCAUCUGGUGACAAGUCCUGUGAUCCAGUUUCCAUCCCGAGCCCACAGAAAGCCUGAAAGGCAUUAUCUCUGCCUCUUCAGGAUCUUCCCUAAUUAUCUAGGAAGAUUCAUCAGCUCACCAAGAAUCAAAAGUGUUCUCCAAAUUCCUGACUCCCUCCGCCAGACCCAGGACAGGGCCACCAUGAGGAGAACCUCCUCUACCAGGUCAAUAAAUGAUUCUCCUU